AGACUCUGCCAUCCAAUGAUUUCCGUGGAUUCCAAGAGUAGGGAGGACGGGAUGGAGGAGAUGCAAAGCAGAUAGUGCUGGGUCCCUGAUGCCGGGAGAACCGAGUGCCCGGGUAAUCGGAGUCGGGUCCUGGGAGUACUGAAAUAGGCCUGCUGGGAACAGGACUUCUAAAAGACAAACAUGUCUGGAAGACUGUGGUGCAAGGCCAUUUUUGCUGGCUAUAAGCGAGGUCUCCGGAACCAAAGGGAACACACAGCUCUUCUUAAAAUUGAAGGUGUUUAUGCCCGCGAUGAAACUGAAUUCUAUUUGGGCAAGAGAUGUGCGUAUGUGUACAAAGCGAAAAACAACACAGUGACUCCAGGUGGCAAACCAAACAAAACCAGAGUGAUCUGGGGAAAGGUAACUCGAGCCCAUGGAAACAGCGGCAUGGUUCGUGCCAAGUUCCGAAGCAACCUUCCUGCUAAGGCCAUUGGACACCGAAUCCGUGUGAUGCUGUACCCGUCAAGGAUUUAAACUAAUGAAAAAUAAAAGUGGAUUUGUGCUCUUGUAUUUUU